AUGACGCUCGACGCGACCGGAGAGAGCGCCGCUGCCACUGGCCAAGAUGUCACGCUAGAGCAGUAUAGAGCGAUGACUGCUGAGGAACGGGCACUACUCCCCAAGGCGAAACAGAAGAAGCUGGCGAAACUGUUAGAAAAAGCCGAGCAGAAAGCGUUGAAAGCACAAGCACGCUCAGUGAUUGCUGAAGCGAACCUGGGCGCUGCGAGUGCGACUCAGGCGGCAACUGGGGCGCGAGCAAACAAGAGUUCAGCGAGUACCACCAACGACAAUGAUGAUACUGGCUCUUCAUCGAAGCAGUUGCCACCCGAAUACAUCGACCAUACACCAAAGGGCGCCUACAAAACGCUUCUCAAGAAACCCAUGUCCCCGGCAUAUUACCCGCGAUCCGUAGAGGCCGCCUGGUACGACUGGUGGGAAGCACAAGGAUUCUUUACCGCGCAGACGGAGCAAGCGCUUUCCGAGCCAGACCCUAGCAGACGCUUCGUCAUGGUCAUGCCUCCGCCAAAUGUCACUGGAACACUGCACCUGGGGCACACCCUGAUGUGUGCGAUCCAGGAUUGCUUGACCCGCUGGCAUCGAAUGAGAGGCCACGUUGCGCUUUGGGUUCCGGGAACAGACCAUGCUGGUAUUGCCACUCAAACAGUUGUCGAAAGAAAACUCAUGCGAGAGCGCAACCUGACCCGACACGAUCUGGGGCGCGACGACUUUGUGCGCUACGUCUGGGCCUACAAAGAGGAAUACGGAGGCCGGAUCUGCGAUCAGCUCCGUCGCUUAGGCGUCUCAGUCGACUGGAGCCGUGAACAGUUCACCAUGAACGAACAAUUGUCAAAGGCUGUAGUGGAGGCGUUUGUUCGUCUGUACGAGCGUGGUCUCAUCUACCGAGGAACCCGACUUGUGAACUGGUGCUGCCGACUGCGAACAGCGCUCAGUGAUAUCGAAGUAGAAUACGUGGAUAUUCCGGGCCGAGAGCUGCUGCGAGUGCCCGGCCAUGAUGGCGAGGUAGAGGUAGGGGUCUUGACCCGGUUUGCGUACCCGUUGAAGGAACCUGUACCGGGCGGUAUCCAUGAGCUGGUGGUAGCCACCACUCGACUGGAGACCAUGUUGGGCGACGUUGCCGUUGCCGUUCAUCCGGAGGAUCCACGAUACCGAGACCUCGUUGGCGCCCAGCUGGUGCAUCCGUUUCUUCCCGAUCGCGAGCUGCGGGUCAUUGCGGACGCACAGCUCGUGGAUAUGAGCUUCGGAACUGGAUGUGUGAAGGUCACUCCAGCGCAUGAUCCGAACGAUUACGAGUGCGGUCUGCGCCACGGAUUACCGUUCAUCGUUAUUUUUGAUGACGAAGGUCACCUCAACGAGCACGCUGGAGCGUUUUCUGGCCUGAUGCGCUAUGAGGCCCGCGUUCAGGUCGAGCGGGCGCUCGCUGAACGAGGGUAUCUGCGCGGAAAAGAGAGCCACGCUAUGCGACUCGCGCUCUGUUCACGUACACACGACAUUAUCGAGCCGAUGCUCAAACCGCAGUGGUGGGUGAAAUGCGACCACAUGGCACGCGAAGCGGUUCGAGCUGCCGACGAGGGACAGCUCACAAUCCUGCCGGAAUUCCACCGCGCUACUUGGAAUCGCUGGUUGGAAAACAUCCAUGACUGGUGUGUUUCGCGCCAACUAUGGUGGGGCCAUCGUAUUCCCGCUUGGCGGUAUACAAACGUUGACACUGGUGCCGAGGAGUGGAUUGUUGCGCGUAACGUCGAAGAGGCUCGUCAGAGAGCUCCACCUGCCUAUCGGGAGUCGCUAGAGCAGGACGAGGACGUCCUCGAUACCUGGUUCUCAUCGGGAUUGUUUCCGUUCUCGGUAUUCGGUUGGCCGGAUACCUCACCUGUCAACAGGGAAAUGCACGCGUUUUACCCGACGACGCUUCUGGAGACCGGUCACGAUAUCCUGUUUUUCUGGGUGGCGCGAAUGGUGAUGCUGGGCUUAGAGCUCACUGGUAAGCUACCCUUUUCUACAGUUUACCUGCACGCCCUUGUACGGGACAAGUACGGCCGCAAAAUGUCGAAAUCGUUGGGAAAUGUUAUCGACCCGCUUGAGGUCAUCGAGGGCGCUACGCUGGAGCAGCUGCACGCAAAGUUACUCAGUGGAAAUCUGGAUCCACGCGAGGUCGAGAAGGCGCGCAAGAUGCAGCGGCUUGAGUACGGUGAACAGGGAAUACCCGAGUGUGGAACGGACGCGCUUCGAUUUGGACUGCUUGCGUAUACGUUGCAAGGCCGCGAUAUCAACCUUGAUGUUGCACGAGUUGUUGCGUAUCGUCAUUUCUGCAACAAGCUAUGGAAUGCCGUGCGAUUUGCCCUCGGCCUGUUACAUGUCGCGGACAAGGACAUGGCCGGCCAGCCUGCGCAUCGACAACUGCCGAAUGCCUCCGAUGACAGCGGAGCGGAAGCACUUGUCUACAAGGAUGCCGCGCUAGCACUCGAGGAUCGAUGGAUUCUCUCGCGUCUUGCGCACUGUGCAAUGCAAUGCCAUCAAGCGCUCUCCAGCUACGAGUUUGCUGAAGCAGUUCAGGCACUGCAUCAUUUCUGGCUCUACGAACUGUGUGACGUGUAUCUAGAAGCAAUCAAGCCGCGAGUGUACGGCGCCGAGGAUGCGCCCGCGGAUGCGACGGCAACCAGUGACGCCUCGGUGGCGCGCCGAGUACUGCUGGAGUGUCUCGACCAGGGCCUUCGCCUCCUGCACCCCAUGAUGCCAUUCGUUACCGAGGAACUGUACCAGCGUCUGCCUUUACCGAAAAGAGCGCCCUCGAUCAUGACUGCGUCGUAUCCGGAAGGCGGCUCCCGCGACGAGGCCGCUGAGGAGCUCGUCCAGCAGGCGAUGCUCAUUGUUCGCGGCAUCCGUUCGCUUCGGACUCUGUACCAAGUGAAGAAGACUGCUCGCCCGCAGGUAUGGAUUGUCGGCGGUGAUGCGGUCUGCGCUCCACUUGUACGGACGCUGGCGCUCUGUGGCACUGUUAACGUGCAAGCAGACCCGCCGUCCGAAGUGAAACAAUGCGGUGUGCAGUUGGUCACUCCCCAGAUCUGUAUUUACCUGCAUCUUGCCGGUCUUGUUGAUGUGCAAGUCGAAAAGGCGAAAGCGCAGGCGAAGCUCGCUGAAGCUGAGCGAAGCGCACAGCGUUUUAGGGAACAACUUCAAAACUAUGAUGAACGCGUACCGGAAUCCGUUCGAGAGCGCACCGUGCAAAACCUGAAUCGCUAUGAGCAGGAAAUCGCGCAGUUAACCGAAGCGCUGGAACGUUUCUCACAGUGGAGCUAA